GGACCAGAGAUGAGGACCAGGGAUGAUGAUGAUAAGGAGGACCAGACAUGAUGAUGAUGAGUAGGACCAGAGAUGAUGAGGAGGAGGAGGACCAGGGAGGAUGAUGAUGAGGAGGACCAGGGAUUAUGAUGAUGAAGAGGACCAGAGAUGAUGAUGAUGAGGAGGAGGACCAGGGAUGAUGAUAAGUAGGACCAUGAAUGAUGAGGAGAACCGUGGAUGAGUGAUUUAUGACGCUGCCUCCCCCGCAUCCCCUCUCCAGGCAGACUUCCGCGCAUCCUCUAUCAGAGCUCGGCCUCUUUGCAGGAACAUGGCGCUGAAUAAUUUCCUCUUCGCCCAGUGCAUCCUGUAUUUCCUGGCCUUCCUCUUCAGCUUCAUCGCCGUGGUGCCCCUGUCCGAGAACAGCGCCGACUUCCACGGGAAAUGCCUCCUGUUCACUGAGGGCCUGUGGCUGAGCGGGAAUGUCAGCCUGGAGCGGGAGCACUUCACGGUGGAGGAGUGGGGGCCGGAGUCCGCCUGCAGGUUCAGCGUCUUCACCGGGGUGCUGGCUCUACUGGCCGCCGCCAUACAGGCCUGGAGGACGCUCUUCCUGCUCUGCAAGGGCCACGAGGACUCCUUCUUUUACGCCUUUCUGAAUCUGCUGAUCAGCUCCUUUGUGGUUUUCGUAACAUUUAUUGCCAGCACCAUUGUCAGCGUUGGCUUUAACAUGUGGUGCGAUGCCAUUACUGAGAAGGGAAGCAGACCCUACAGUUGUGAAGAACUCCAGGAUAGAGAUCUCGAACUUAACUUGGAAAACUCAUCCUUCUAUGAUCAAUUUGCCAUUGCACAGUUUGGACUGUGGGCGGCCUGGCUUUCUUGGCUCGGUAUUACAAUCCUUGCCUUCUUGAAGGUCUAUCACAACUAUCGACAGGAAGAUUUGCUGGACAGUCUGAUUCAAGAGAAGGAACUACUGAUAGGGAGAUCUGCCUCCAGAAGUACUCUACACGAAGAGAAAAGCAGCAUGAUUUAAUAUAUGUAUGCAACCAAAUCCAUUGCCAGAUCCAUGUUGAUCCAUUAGUGCGGGGGUCCUGAGUGACCUCAUCGGGGGUUGUGUAAGAGUUAGGGCCAUACGGAGCUUCAUAUACAAUAUCUUAAAAUUCUACAUUCUGUUAUUUCUGGAAAUACAUUUUCAUGUGUCAGUGUUUUUGAAUGAUGCCAAAAAGAGAUUUGUGUACACAGUAACUUGUACAGACUAAACUUACCGUAAAUGAGUCAGUGAAAGGGUCGACUCACCUUUACAACCAUGUGAUUGCUUCACAGCGUCUCCAAUGAAAUCAUUUUGUUAACAGUCUUGAUUAAAAGUCUACAGUUCUGGGUAUACAGCUCCUAUGUGUAGACCCUUGUGCCUCCAUGGUCACAUAUUACAAACAAACCCUGAUGCUGCAGAAGGUUAUGUUUACGCAGAGUUUUUGGAGUAUAUAUUGAGGAGUAUAUUUUUAGAUUGAAUUCAAUGGGAAAAUGCUUCACAGUUCAUUGUAGUUUCAUGGUUUCUUAAAGGGGUAUUCUAGAACUUUUUUUUCUUAUAUCAACUGGCUCCGGAAAGUUAAACAGAUUUGUAAAUUACUUCUAUUAAAAAUUCUCAAUCAUUUCAAUAAUUAUCAGCUGCUGAAGUUGAGUUGUUCUUUUCUGUCUGACAACACUGCUCUCUGCUGACAUCUCUGCUUGUCUCAGGAACUGCACAGAGUAGAAGAGGUUUGCUAUGGGGAUUUGUUUCUAAACUGGGCGGUUCCUGAGACACCUGUCAUCAGAGAGGACUUAGAUAGAAAAAAACAACUCAAGUCCAGCAGCUCAUAAGUACUGAAAGGAUUAAGAU